CUAUCAUAUCGUAUUGCAUGCGAUUUAAACGGUGCAUGUGGAGUUUGAGACGUGUGAUUAAAAUACAGUGGUCACUGACCUGUCUAACACCUCGGUUUACUUAAAGCUGCAAAUGAACUUCUGUAUUUUUGUGUUUCGCUAUUCAUUUCAUAAAAUAUCAGCGCAUACACAGUUCCACAUCAACAAUGCCGAAGAAGAUUGUCAUAGAUUGUGACCCCGGAAAUGACGACGCAAUGUCCAUUUUCAUGGCACUGAGUGACCCGGAUAUUGACCUUAAAGCGAUCACGUGCGUUGAAGGAAACACACGAGUAAAGCAAACAGCACUGAACGCUCUUCGAACCCUGCAAGCGGCAGAUAGGCUAGAUAUUCCAGUUUAUGUAGGCUGUAACACGCCCUUGCUUGGAGAGGUUAAAGGCCGUUCCUCGUACCAUGGUUCAGAUGGAUUCGGGGAUGUUCCGGAUCCCAAUGCUCCUGAUGAGAGUCAGCUUCAGGCAGAACAUGGCGUGAUGGCUCUUCUCAGGCUGUCAAAAGCUUACAAAGGUGAUCUGCAUUUGGUAGCGAUCGGUCCACUUACCAACGUUGCCAUGGCAAUACGACUGGAUCCCGAGUUCGGUACCAGGCUCAAGUCGUGCAGUAUCAUGGGUGGAAAUUAUCUAGGAAAGGGAAACAUCAGCGUAGGUGGAGAGUUCAACUUCUACUUUGACCCGGAAGCAGCUUACGUUGUUCUGAACCAGUUAAGGUGUCCAAUAACAAUUAUGCCCUGGGAGACAUGUAUGCAGCAUACAAUAUCUUUUGAAACACACACACAGAUGAGAAACGCUCAGUCUAAGAAAGCCGAUUUGAUGAAGAAGAUUGACCAAACUAGCGUUGAAUUUGAUAAGAAGCGAGGUACGACUGGCUUUAUACCAGCUGACGAAGCCAUUAUGGCUUGUGUACUUCGCAGUGACGUCAUCAAAAGUAGUGUUCACGAGUACGCAACAGUAGAAACAAAAGGACAAUACACGUAUGGUCAAAUGGUCGUAGAUUGGAGAGGAAAGUUACAAAAAGGUCCUAAUGUUACCAUAGUAACAGAAUUAGAUCAAACAUUGUACGAACAUUUAAUGGCAACUGGUCUUGCUUGAAGAAUUAUUUGAGAAGAAAUGUUUUGUAUACAUGUAAUUUGAAAUCAGUAAUAACCAAUCAUGUAUGCAUUAUUCAAAUGAUUCACGAUCGUUUUGUAAACAAGAUUUUUAGAUUUUUACAAAUAUGUACGAUUGUUAUUUUCUCAAUUUAUUUCAGAUGUUUUUAUUGCUCAGGGAUUACAAUCAUUUAUGUUAUAAAAGUAUAUGAUUUAGACCACGCUUCUAUCACAACAGUGUUGUAUAUUUUCAAACGAGACUUUUAAAUGCCAUUAACUACAAUUCUCGCUUUGAUCAACCAAUUACAUUGUUUAAUCCUGUGUGACACGUAAUCAGUUGUUAAUUCUUCUUCAAAUGAGUAUAUCUCCAUUUUAUGAUAACACUUUUAUAAAUAAAAAAAGAAAGGACAAA